GUUUCUACCCAGAUAUUUCCGCCCGCGUCCCCUGUAGCGCACCGCCUCGCCGUGCGGUGUGGCCCGCAGCCCCGGCGCCAAGUGGCCCGGGCCCCGCCUGCGAUCGCCCAAAACCCAUCGAAAACACAGCCUCGCGCCCGGCACGCACGAGCGCAGCGCCGGGUCUCCCUGCAGUCCCCGGCUGUCCACGCGGAGCGCCCGCCGAUGGCCGCGCCGCACAGUAUGUCGGUUCCACCCGAAGCCUAUAAAUUCCGCGCCGCGCUGCGCCUCGCCGCCCAUCUCCUUCCCCCGCCUCCCACCCUCGCACCCGCACCCGUAGCAUGCCGCCAUGGGCCGCGACCGCACGCACGCCCACGCUAAUAACCCCGACGCCUACACCGCCGCCUCCGCAUCCAUGGAGGCCGCCGCGCUGCUGGAGCCCAAGCUCGAGGACGAAGCGCCGCUGGAGCUGUCGUCCCCGGGCCCCUUCGUGCCCCUGGACGAGCUGAUGCCGGGGCCGGGGCCGGCGGUGGCGGUGCCGGCUGAGCCGCCAAGGCCGCUGGAGGCGCUGCUGCAGGGCCCGCAGCUGCCGCCCUUCCUGUCCAAGACGUACGACCUGGUGAGCGAGCCGGCGCUGAACGGAGUCAUCUCCUGGGGCGCCGCGGGCAACAGCUUCGUGGUCUGGGACCCUUCCACCUUCGCACGCGAUGUGCUCCCGCACCACUUCAAGCACAACAACUUCUCCAGCUUCGUCAGGCAGCUCAACACCUAUGGCUUCCGCAAGGUUCAUGCUGACAGAUGGGAGUUUGCUCAUGAAGAUUUUCUGCAAGAUAGCAAACAUCUGUUGAAGAGAAUUGUCAGGCGCAGGUCCUCCCCAACGCAACAAAGCAGCAUUCAGCCUGGCUCUUCUUCUGGAGAAUCCAACCUGGACCCUGAGCUCCACACGCUGAGAAGAGAGAAGAACACACUGCUUGAGGAGGUGGCCAGACUGAAACAGGAGCACCGUCAGACAAUUGAGCACAUGAGCACGCUUAAUCAUAGGCUAGAAUUGGCGGAGGACCGGCAGAAGCAGAUGGUCUCUUUCCUGGCCAAGCUCCUUCAGAACCCUAGUUUUGUGAGGCAACUGAAGCUGCACAGGGAGCAGGAGAUGGACUCUACCAGGGUGAAAAGAAAGUUUAUGAAGCAUGUACCACAUGGCAGCAUAGAAUCAGGUGAGUCCAGCUCACAGUAUGCCCGAGAGAGUGGUUCACAUUUUCCUGCAAGUUCUCCUAUGGCUGCAAGCAUGCACGACGACAUUGCAGACCUUCAUAAUCUUCUUUUGGAAGACGAUGAUCUCAACUUUGGUAUGCAUCCAGACAACAUUGGGCUUGAAGGAGUCGAUGCACCAGAGGACAUGGGGGCACUGAUUCAGGGGUUCGACACCCAAGAAGAACUUGAGCUCGGGAGUGGAGCUGAGCUACUGGAGAUGCAUCCAGCUUCUGGUUCUCUUGGCCAGGACCCCACAAUUGGCAAGUCCAAGGGAAAGAAUGUGAUGUGCCCAGGAUUGGAUACUACCUCUUCUGAAGCCGGCUGCCUCAGAUCGUUAUCCGACAAUAUGGGGAUCCUCUCAGGCACCAUGUUAGAGACAGCGGGCAAGGUGAUGGAUGCUGAUGAAGAACAGAUGUGGAGCAUGGAUGCCUCAGCAGCUCUGCAAAGCUCUUGCAGUGGCACCAGUCAACAAGCCUUCAGUAGCCUUGCUAGCGAUCCCUAUCUAAUGGGCAUUGCCAACAAGCCUGAGAAAUUCUGGGAUCUCGAUUUCCAGGCACUGGAUGAGGGAGAUCUGCACCUGGACAAGUGUGCUAUUGAUGACCCUACUCUUCAGCAGCAACAGCAACGAGAUAUGACGAAGCCGUAGAUCAAAUGCCGUGUGAGAGAACAGGGUGUGAUGCUUUAUCCACCUAAAUAUUACAAUUAGCUAUGGACGCUGCUGUAGUUAAUUUGAUAUUUAGGAGGUCACUGAACUCCUAGAUAUACCCACUAUGGCAUUAAGAAGUCGUAGUAGUGUGUUUUUGUUUCCCAUUCAUUCAUCCUAGUGUUUUUUAAUGGAAACUUCUAUCCUACGAUUUGUUCAGAGCAGCUGAUAACUGCUCCGGCCGAUUCUUUUUGUUCUCAAUUAUCAUUGGUUUGUUUUCUUUC